AUGGCGUCGCUCGCGGAACAAAUCGCCCAGUUUGAGACGCUGCGCGCUCAGGCAGACCCUCUUCCCACAGACAGCGCCGCCUACACCACAUCAGCGUUUUUCAAGUCAAAGAAUGCCGGACAGGGCAAAGCCAAGGCCAGGCAGUGGGAUCACCGCCUCAGCAUCGACAGCCGUUCGCAGGGAUCGUCGCCUCUCAAAACGGCCAACCGUGGCAAGAAUAUGGACAUGAUUACCCUGGGCACGGCACGUCCGUCGCCGCAGUUUUACCCAUACGAGUCUCUCACGGUCAAUGUGGUUGACGAUGCUUCGGCCAAGGAGAACAAGCCCACAACCGCCAUUACUUGCUCCAAGGGCGACAGCGCGUACAACUUGGCGGCAGCGCUAAACUAUGGCUUCCCCGCCGGGUCGCCGCAGUCGGUGCGCUUCAUCACGGAGCACGUCGAGAUGAUGCACAACCCGCCGUACGAGGACUGGAAGACGAGCUUGACCUGCGGAACCACGUCUGGUCUCGAAAUGGUGUUUCGCAUCUUGUGCAAUCCCGGCGACAAUAUCCUGGUGGAAAAGUACUCGUACACGGGCACCAUUGUCGGAGCUCGCGCGCAAAGAAUCAACACGGUGCCCAUUGGCAUGGACGAAUUUGGCCUGGACGCAAAGGAGCUGGACAUCACGCUGGAGAACUGGGAUGCCUCCAAGGCCCACAAGCCGUACGUUUUGUACACGAUCCCUACCGGCCAAAACCCAACCAGUGUGACGCAGAGCGUCGAGCGACGCAAGGAGAUUUACAAGGUGGCCGAGAAGCACGACCUCAUCAUUGUGGAAGACGACCCCUACUUUUUCCUGCAGCUGGGAGAGUCCUCCAAGCAAGAGAUUGGUAGCAAAGAAGCCCUCCAAGAUUACGUCAACAGACUGCCUCCGUCAUACCUCUCCAUGGACGUGUCGGGUCGUGUAAUCCGUCUAGACUCCACCUCCAAGAUUCUGUCGCCAGGUCUGCGCCUCGGUUGGCUGACGGCCUGCACCCAGAUUGUCGACCUAUUCGAGGCCUACUCGGAAGUCAGCGUCAUGUCGCCCAGCGGGCCCUCGCAGGUCAUGAUGUACAAGCUCCUCGACCAGACCUGGGGCCACACCGGCUUCGUCCGAUGGCUGGCGCACCUGUCGCACGUCUACACCAACCGUCUCAGCAUGAUGCUGGAGGCCUGCGAGAAGCACGUGCCCAAGGACGUCUGCACGUGGAAGGUGCCUGAUUCGGGCAUGUUUGUCUGGAUCAGUGUGGACGUGACCAAGCACCCCAAGGCGCCUGGCGGCGAGCCGACCAAGGAAUUUCAGAUGGAAGUUGAGGGCGCACUGUAUGAAAAAUCCAGGGACAAUGGUGUCUUGAUUAGCCGGGGGAGCUGGUUCCUCGCCGAUCCCACGCAGGUCAGCCAGGCUGCUCUGCGUGUCACAUUUGCUGCCGCUACAGAGCCGGAGCUGGCGCCUGGCAUUGAACGUCUAGGCAAGGCUGUGCGGGAGGAGUUUGGGCUUGCAUAG